UAUAUAUUAUAGUAUAUUAUAUAUCUGUGAUUAUAAACGGAUUGCGGUCACCUAGAUUCUGAAAAGUUAAUUUCUUACGAAAAUAUCAUUAAAGGAUCAGUUUAAUGAGGUCAACAUAACAAUUAGAAAUCGUUGUUACUAUGGCUACUUUUUCCAGAUUUCAUAAAAUUGCACUCAUAAGUUUAGGAGCAGUGGGAGGAGGUUUUGCUUAUUAUCAAUUAGGAAGUAAUGAAAAGAAAUUCGGUGUUCAGAACUCGUGGACAACGAACUUUACGCCUAGUGUUAAAUGGGAAAAGAAUUGGGACCAUCGAGAACCCGAGUCUAUAGUGAAACCGGCAAAAAAUGGGAAGGGCGAGGACGACAAUAGAUACAAUGAGCAAAUCGAGAAGGCUAAGAGUAAAGCUGUGAGGCAUUUGUUUUUAAUUCGCCAUGGACAAUACCAUGUUGAUGGUAAUACUGAUAAAGAGAGAAUUUUAACAGAAUUAGGUAGGCAACAAGCAGAGCUAACUGGAAAGCGCCUUGCAGAGCUUGAUAUAAAAUGGGAUCUACUUGUUAGAUCUACUAUGACUCGAGCACAGGAGACUGCAAAAAUUAUUGGAAAACAUUUACCUAGUGAUAUUGAAAUCAAAGAUUGUCAAUUGUUAGAGGAAGGUGCUCCUAUUCCGCCUGAGCCCCCAGUAGGACAUUGGCGACCGGAACCAAAACAGUUCUUCCAGGAUAGCGCUCGGAUUGAAGCUGCCUUCAGAAAAUACUUUCAUCGGGCAUCUCCAGAACAAACACAGGAUACAUACACCCUGCUAGUAUGCCAUGCAAAUGUAAUACGGUUCUUUGUUUGCAAGGCAUUGCAAUUCCCACCUGAAGGCUGGCUUAGAAUUUCGCUAAGCCAUGCAUCGAUAACGUGGGUCUCCAUACUUCCGAAUGGCAAUGUGGUGCUAAGAUCGCUCAGUGAUACGGGACAUAUGGAGCCUAAAUACAUCACCAGUCGGUAAAUAAGGUGCUAUAUAGGUUUUGAUUUUAAAAGUGUUAUAGCAAUUGUAAGAGUAAGUAAAUGUUCAUCUGAAAAUUCUUAAUUUGUAAUAAGAAAUGAAUGACAAGCCCUUGUCGCCGCAAUGAAGUUCUUAGGGCACAAUCAGAGUGUUUAAUGGAUGAGGAAUUAUCACUCAAAAUGUAAUGCUAUUUUGAUUAUAAUUUUAGUGCUGUUUGGUAAAAUAAUGGCAAUAUUAGAUUUGGAAGCAAUAAGACAUUCGCCAUUUUUAGUCUUUUUUUGAUUUCUAUGUUUAAUACAUUUCGAUUUUAUUUAAAAACCGCUCUUAAUUUUUUUUAUCUGAUCAAUUUAUAAUAAGGUUGUGAGUAGUCAUUUCUCGUGUACUUCAACAGGAAUUGUAUACAUCUAAGAGAUUUCUGAUAAACGAAGGUUAUUCAAGUAUCAAGAUUGGAUUUUUUUAAUGUCCAAAACGAAAACUUAAAUGAAGUGAAUCUGUUGGUAUAGACUAUGGGUGUGAAAAUUUAAAUAUGUACUGGUAUUACUUGUACCAUUUUCCUGUGUUUGAAACGCUUCAUACUGAAUUUGUAAAGUUGUCUUGUUAGCUCCGAGAAUUGUCAAAAUUUCGGAAAUGCUAAGUUAUCAGAUAUCCAUAGCUUGUUUAUGACAGUGGUUUGUAACUAAUAAGGACAUUUAUAUACUUAUAUAGUCAUGUAAUUUUCGCCAUGCAUUGUAUCUCGCGAUCGUGUUUAUUAAUACAAUAUUAGCCAUGAUCGAAAAUUUUGUCACAGUACUGUGUACUGAUAAUUAACGUCUACAUAUUAAUAUGCGAGUAAUAUACAGUCAAAUAGAAAUAAACUAUUAAAUCAAGAGAAGAAGAGACACUAGGCUCGUGUAUAACAAAUGUUCAAUUAUGCCUAACGUUAGCAAUUGGUUUGAAUAAUCACUGCCACCAUAUGUUACUUAGUAACAACUACUACUUAUUACUGUAAUAAAAGCUAUGUAUAUACAUUAUAUACCCAAAAUACCUCAAACUACUUAAAAGUGUACCAAUAUUUUUAUUUAUAAGUGUAAAAUAUAUGGUUUGAUAUUAAACUGGUUUAUGUGA